AUGGCAUGGCUUCCACGACUUGUAGUGCUGAAAUCCCUCACGAAACACAAAUUCUUGGGCUUAGCGGAAGAUGUUCCAAAUGCACCAGUAGGGUGGAUGAGUUGCAACGUAGAACACGCUGUGAGUCCACGGGCAAAGUUUGAAGUGGAGAUAGCAAAGACUGGGAAUGGACUGGUACACAUAAGAUGCUGCUACAACAAUAAGUUCUGGGUGACAAACCGGACUGGCAGGGAUGAUACAGUUUGGAUUGUUGCGUCCGCAGACAAACCAGAGGAAGACCAGUCGAAAAGCUCAUGUACCUUGUUUAAGUUGUAUGCAGCAGGCCGAACACAGGUCCGAUUUUUCCACGUCCAAAUCAAGAGAGUUACAGUUCUGUCGAAUCGUACUCCCGCAUUCGAGAAUGCUUUUAAUCUAGAAGCAUCAGGCGGCCAUGUUUUCGAAUUCGUGGACUGGGAAACACUGGUGAUACUUCCCCAAAGGGUGGCCUUCAAAUCCUUUGAAGAUGGCAGUUAUCUUUGUUCCCGUUGGAUCGAAAAACACCCAUAUCAGAGGUUUGAGUCCAACAAGGAUGUUGCAGAUCCACUGGUGGCUAAGGAGUUGUUUGUCACUGCUGAUGGAAGCCUUCGUAUAAAGGACGGACACUAUUCCAAAUUCUGGAGACGUAGCCCUAAUUGGAUAUGGGCUGACGCUGAAGAUGAAGACAAGUCCGACGACACUUUGUUUUGGCCUAUCAGAAUUCAAGACAAUGUCAUCGCUCUUCGUAACUUGGGUAACAACAAUUUCUGCGGUGGACUCACCACCGAGUACAAAACCAACUGUCUCAACGCCGCCUACCCCAACAUCUCUAAACAGUCGAAGCUGGUGGUGGAAGAGCUUGUUCUCUCAAGGAACAUCUACAAUAUCAAUUAUCGACUCUCCGACUCCAGGAUCUACCACGAGAACCUCAUAGAAAUGGACACAGCUCUCGCAGCUAACGACAGUCCAAACAGAGACAGCACUAUCAGCCUCAGAUUUGCGGUAAACGACUCCAGGACCCGUAGUUGGAAUAACAGCGUUUCUUUAACUUUGGGUGUUAAAACAAGUCUGGAAGUCAGCACUGUUCCACUAAUUCUAGACGGAAAAAUCACACUCUCGGCUGAGACGUCGACUACCACAACUAGCCAGUGGGGACAAAGUACCACAGUUGAACAUAACAGGGAGGCCAAUUAUGCUGUUGUUGUGCCCCCUUUAUCUAAGGUGAAGGUGAGUCUCAUAGCUUCAAGGGCUACCUGCGAUGUGCCUUUCUCCUACACUCAGCGUGACGUUCUCACUGACGGCCGAUCCGUUACCAAAACCAUGGAUGAUGGUAUUUUCACUGGGAUUAAUGCCUUCAAAUUUGAUUACCAAAACCAGGCAUCCUUUGGUGGCCAGGCUCUCCCUGUAUCUAGUCCAUGGAGGCUCCCGCGUGCAGUGUACUUCUGGCAGUUUUGGGUGUGUGUGGUUCUGGUGUUAAGUGUGUUAUUGCGUUUACUGCACUUCGUGUAA